AUGGACACAGCAGAAAAGCCAUCUUAUGGCAAUACUGCUGCUGCCGCUGCUGGUGGUGUCACUGGUGUCGGUGGUGACACUGGUGUCGGUGGUGACACUGGUGCUGGUGCUGUUGCUAUUGCUGAUCCUCGUGUUAGAAAGGGAUCCAUCCUACAAACACAUUGUAGGAAGGCUCAUAAGCAGCAAUUUCCUGUUCCACCAAGAAAGCACAUUGGGUUGAAUAAGAAAACAUCUGAUGAAAAAUAUAAGGCGCCUGUAGAACACACAGAUGCUGUGGAUGAUCCCCAGUUAUCUGAAUCACUCUCCGAGGAUUAUGAGUUGUCUGAUUAUGACAAUAUAUUGAUGAUAGUUGACCAACUUCAAAUGAACUAUAAAGAUUCUGGAAGACUGUUGGAAAUCCAGGAUGCAGUUCCUUCGUAUAAAAUGAUACUGGAACAUAACCAAAGACACUCAGAGUCACCUGUAGAGCAAAGUAAGGAUAUGAAAAACCAAGCUAGUAAAGUGCUAAAGAAGCCGCAAGAGAGAAGAAAAGUGAAAUCGCAGCUCAGAUGCAAAACUGAAGAGCCGCAAGUGGAUCUCCUCGAUGCAGGGUCAGCUGGAAAACAAGAAGCACAACAAAGAAAUUCUCAUUAUUUCUAUGAAAAAAUUAAGAAACAGCUAACUGAAAAAGAAGAAAAAUAUGAAAAAGAAAAACAACAACUUGAAAUGCACCUUAUAGCACAAGAUACGGAAUUGCGGCAUCUCAGAGAUGAUAUGAAUAAGCUGCAAGAAGCACGGCAUCGAGAGGCAGAGACUGAAGACAGUGACAGGAUGACGAGGGAACACCUGCAAAAGGUUGAACACGACGUUUUUAAUUUAAUAGAAGCCAUCGGAAAACAAACAGAGACUAUAGAACAGCUUGAGAAAAAAUUACCAAGUGAAGAUAAAAAUCUGGCAAAAACUGGCAAUCUGACACAAGCAGGCCAGGAAUUUUUUAAUAAUUUCAGAGAAAAUUAUAUUACUUCAGUAAUGAGUCAGAUGGAACUCAGAAUUCAGCAUCUAGAAAGCAAAAUCUCUGAAAUGAAGAUUCAAACAUGUAAUGAUGCAAUGGUGCUGGAAAACUACAUCAAACUUCAUCAAUCACAUAAACUGAGGGAGACUGAAGCUAAGCUGAAGGAGGUCACCGCCCUGUACGUCAUGCUGAUUCAGCACAGCGCGUCAUUACUGAAUAUGCUGCGUUCUGUCCUUGGCUCUGCGUGCCCCUGCUCCGCAAAUAUUCACAGGACUUCGGGAAGCCUCUUUACCCAAGAAAACCUGGCAACUCCCACUUCAGGCCCACAAUCUCCAAAUCACUGCAUAGCAACCAGCCUGGGUGUGGCUGCAGGUAACGAUGAAGAUUUCAAUAAAGCCCUCACCGAGUUAGUUCUGUCUCCACAGUCUGAGCUGGAUCAAACAAAGAAGAAAUACACGGAAUUGGUUAAAGAGAAAACUCCAAGUAAAAAAUGUUUUAAACUGACAAAACCAUCAACUGUGAGUGAUAAUGGACAGCACAGUUUCUCUGAAGUUUUGGACACCGCACAAUUUGAAAUGGCUAUUCCAACUGAAGCACAACAUGAGCAGAACCAUUUCGGUGGGCAGCAGUUGAACCUGCUGAGCCACACAUCAGUGACAGCCGUUUCUCCGCUCCCUGCAUUGUUUGAUCUUCACUUGGCGUUCAGAGGUUGCUUGGUGGGGGGCUUCAUCUACUUCACUGCCAGAUUUAGAGGUCAGUCACUUAGGAAUCCUUCAUGGGAAAACAAGGUGCCUAGUACUUGCCUUUGUGAUCGUCACAGGUCUAAGGAGAGGCAAGAUGAGGCCAGGAGGGGGCCUUUUGAGAAAGUGGAGGCAAACAGGUCCGCACCCAACAUGCACACCGUGAGCCCUGCUGCAGGCAUCACUGCUCCUGAGAGUCUCUAUGACAACGGGGGACACAACGCGCAAAGAGAACCCUUGGUCCCAAGCUUGAGGCCUCAGCCCUUAGCUGAGUGUGUGGAGAACUUCCAAAACAGGGUCAGAGAAGAAAGUCAUGAAACUUUUGAUGACAUAAUAGGAAACCAUAAUGCCUCACGCAUAAAGCCACAGGAAUCCACUCAUACAAACCUGCAGUCCAAACACCCAGCAGAAUCAACUCAUCAAGCCUUAUAUGAAGCUGAAACAGAAAAAUCUGAGGGUGACUACCUAGAAAGCGUAGAAAUGAUGAGCUCAUUAGCUUAUGAACAACUAAGGUCUCAGAACCAGCAAGGCAAAGCCAUGAGGAAGAGCUUUGAGAAAUUAGAGCCUUAUAGUCCUGUACCAAGCAAAUGCACAGCAAGUCCUGAACUGGGCUUUGCUGCUGGACACAGCUCCAACAGUUUGGGACCCAGAGGAAACUUCAUUCAGAGAGAAGUUGUGAUGGUGCCAAGCUUAAGGCCAUGGCGCUUUGUGGAGAGUCUAGAUUGCUACCUAUGCAGGACAUGGCAGGAAUUGUGUAACGACCACCACUAGAGAAGACAGAGGAGGUGUGUUUCCGAAAUGCAUGAAUUAAGCCUAGUCACUUCUGAGAUAAGUGAUCAGAAACAGUAAAUGGCUUCAGU